AUGACGUUUAUUACGGGAGACGACUAUAGAUUAGUUAAUGUUACAGACCAAGACAAGGUUAAUUUCACUCGACUUCAAAACUCUCAAUCUUGGAAGGGCCAAUUAUCGACAGAUAAUUAUAUUGAAAGGGAAUAUGUGUUAGGAAAGUCAAAGAUUGCCCUGUCAGAUAAGAAUAGGUUGCUUGUGUUUAUGCUCCAAGAUAUUAAGAACCCAGAAGACAAGUUAUGCUCUGUUGAAUUGCUUAUUAGACAAUCGUGGAAGUUCACCUGGGACAAGGAUACAGACAAGGUUGUUAAGAAAAACAUAUUAUCGGCAUGUAUAGGUGGUGUUUUCACAUAUUCUGAACAUAGAGGUAAGGGAUUGGCCAAGAUUAUGAUUGAUAAAGUCGUUGAGUUGAGUAAGAGUCAGUAUGUGGGGGCCGAUGGAUUUACGUUCUUAUACUCUGAGGUUGGAGAAUAUUACGCCAGAAAUGGAUUCAGGUCUUUUGGAGUUCCGUUGUUGAAUUUUCCUUUGUCUCAGACUGGUGAAGACUACGACGCCAUAGUCAAGCAAGAUGAAGAUGAUAUUCAGUUGAUCAAGUAUCACGAUUUUCAAGGAUUAAUGGAGAUUUAUAAUAAGCAAUUUGAAACAGAGAUGUUAAAUAAAACUAAAAAAGAUCAUAAGACCAGAGUUAGCAUUGAUCCUAGUCUGGACUUCAUUGAUUGGUUCCAUUUAAGAGCUAAGUUUAUCAGUCACAAAUUAUUUCACCGUCACUUGGACAUUGAUAGCUCUUUACCAUACGAUGAGUUAAUUAAGAAAUUUCAAACAAUAGACCCCACCAAUUUCGGAAUACAAAUUAAGACCAAACUGGGCCAGUUGAUUGGUUUCAUCUCUUGGACUUACGAUUGGAACCUUACCAAAACUAAUACGUAUGAAAAUUAUGUAACUGUUUUGAAGAUUGUCACUAUGCCUCAAUUUGAUAAUUUGAAAUAUUCGAUCAAAUUAAUCAAAUUAAUGAAGACGUAUCUUGAACACAUGAAUGCUGCAAAUGAUGAAGUUCAUGGAAAUUUCGUUAAAACUAUAAUUUGGGAGUCUGAGAUAUCUAAUGAAGUUAAAGAUUUUUUACUUACAGAAUAUAAAGGUACCGAUGGAAUUGAAAAUGGUUCCAGAAGUGCUAUUUUAAUCAAUAAUGAUAAAGAAGACAAAUUACUUGGGACUGGUGAUUUAAUUUGGGAGAAUAAUACCAAAUUACCUUGGUUCUAG